GACAAAAAGAGUUAUUCCUGUCCUGUGUGUGAGAAGUCAUUUUCUGAAGAUCGACUUAUAAAAUCACAUAUCAAGACAAAUCACCCUGAGGUCUCAAUGAGCACCAUCUCAGAGAUUCUCGGCAGGAGGGUUCAGUUGAAAGGAUUAAUUGGAAAACGAGCUGUGAAAUGUCCCUAUUGUGAUUUCUAUUUUAUGAAGAAUGGAUCAGACCUUCAGCGUCAUAUUUGGGCUCAUGAAGGUGUCAAACCAUUCAAAUGUUCUCUUUGCGAAUAUGCCACUCGCAGCAAGAGUAAUCUGAAAGCUCAUAUGAAUCGCCACACCACUGAGAAAACGCACCUGUGUGAUAUGUGUGGAAAAAAGUUCAAAUCAAAAGGCACGUUGAAGAGUCAUAAACUCCUCCAUACUGCUGAUGGAAAGCAGUUUAAAUGUACAGUUUGUGACUAUACUGCAGCCCAAAAGCCACAGCUCCUACGUCACAUGGAACAACAUGUCUCUUUCAAGCCUUUCCGUUGUGCACACUGCCAUUAUUCCUGCAAUAUAUCUGGCUCCCUGAAGAGGCAUUACAACAGGAAGCAUCCUAAUGAAGAGUAUGUUAAUGUUGGUACUGGUGAACUUGCUGCAGAAGCCCUUAUCCAACAAGGUGGCAUUAAAUGUCCAGUUUGCAGUUUUGUGUAUGGUACAAAAUGGGAGUUCAACAGACAUCUUAAGAACAAGCAUGGCCUGAAAUUAGUGGAACAUGAUGGGGAAGCAAAGUGGGAGCUAACAACUGAAAUUUCUGAGGAAUCAUCCACUCAGUAUCUGCACAUCACAGAGGCUGAAGACGUUCAAGGAACUCAAGCUGCUGUAGCUGCAUUACAAGACCUAAGAUAUACCUCAGAGAAUGGUGAAAGACUUGAUUCCACUGCUGUAAACAUCCUUCAGCAAAUCAUUGAGUUGGGGUCAGAGACCCAUGAUGCUGCUGCUGUUGCUUCUGUAGUUACCAUGGCACCUGGAACUGUUACAGUGGUAAAGCAGGUGAAAGAAGAGGAGCAAUCAGCCAAUCAUACUGUAAUGAUUCAAGAAACUUUGCAGCAGGCAUCAGUGGAGCUGGCUGAACAGCAUCACCUGGUAGUCUCAUCAGAUGAAGUGGAAGGAAUUGAGACAGUGACAGUAUACACACAGGGUGGAGAGGCCUCUGAGUUUAUAGUUUAUGUGCAGGAAGCUAUGCAGCCCAUAGAAGAACAGACAGUGGAACAAUCUGUUCAGGAAAUCUAGAAAAAAUAUUUGUAGGCAAUGGCUAAACAGUACUGCUGAAGCCAAACUCUGAAUUUUCAAUGAUCAGGCUGCCGGCAUUUUGCCAAUAGGUAACACAUUCUGUACAAUGAGCUUCAUAUAGGCUGCUGAAAAACGCUCAUGUUUUUAUACUUUCAAGAGGAAAUAUUCUGACACUUCUAAAAAUGUAUUUAAAUUAUAUCCUGCAAAUCCUCAGAAAUAUAGUUGGUGAGUUCAAAGCCAUUUACCCUCAGGGUAACAAAACAAUAUCUAUGUCAUCUUGCUACAAAACGUAAGCCAGAAUGCACAAGAAAAGUGGGCUGAUAGAGACUUUGGAUAGCUUCCUAGGAAAACUUCCAGGUUUUGGUUUUUUUUAUUUGAUACCUGCCUUUAGUAUCAUAUGCACUUCAAGAAGAUUGUACAUCUAAACUCAGCCACAUGGAUUUAGAGGUCAUUCAACCCUUUCACUGGGAUUUUUUCAGCACCUUUUAUCUUUCAAGGGUGUUCUUUUCCCCACUCAUGUUUACUCAGCUAUGAAUUGUCAAAGAAAGAAGAGCGUUAUGUGUACAGUAAUGUUCCUAUUCUAGAUCCUAGAUGUGAAAUUACAACAUACAAGCCUGUGAACCUGCAAACAUUUCCACGUGUUUAACUCUAUUCAGGUGAGUAGUCCCCUUCAAGUCAAUGGGACUACUCACAUGCAUAAAGCUAACCAUCUGCUCACGUGUUUGCAGAAUCAGGGCCUAAAUAACCUUAAAAAACGCAGUACACACCUGAAAAGCAGUUGUCUGAAUUGUUGUCUCUGCUGAAUUAGUGCAGAUUUGGCGUAAUGAUUUAUUUUCAGCCACAAACUGGGAUUUUUCUUUUCCUCCUUGAGCCUGAUGCAUUGUUUCAAGAAAUGAAAAUUAUACUGUCUUUCAAAGCAACAGUAAUCAAAUGAGAAAUACAAAAACGGUUUGCAUGGUUUGGAUUCUGUAACAUUCUAGAUGACUUUAAUCCCCCUGCUGUGCUGUGCCUUCCCUUAAGUAUGGGGUGGGGGAGGGGACACAGCAAUGAGGUAGAGCUGUGGCACCUGUAAUAAUUCUGCGCCAUAUUGUCCUCCCUUUGCUCACUUUGACUAGUGCCUUACUUCUUGAGUAAUCCCAUUUAUUUCAUUGGAGACUAAGCCUGAGUGAGGGUGGCUGAAUAUUGGCCUUGGUAACAAUAAAGAGCUCGUGUCUGAUAGCAGGAUACAACAUAAUUAUGGAACUGUAUAAAAAAGCAUUAAAGGGGCAUAAUAAAUUCUGAAAUGUUGGUUAAAUGGGAAAAUAAACCACUCCCACCUUCCAGAUAUACUAGAAAUAAAACCGCUAACAAAAUUAGACUCCAAUCUUAUAAAUAUGUAGGCACAUGCUUCACUUCCAUCUGAAUACUCUCACUGAAGUAAAUGAGACCACUCAUAUGUAAUGCAUAUGCUUACGUGUUUGUAGGAUUGUGGCCCUGGCAAUCAAAUUGAAAGCCGUGAGCUGUAAUCAGAAGGAUGUCACAGACUGACACUGGUAUAUGCAUGUGAGAUGAUGCUUUGGUACUGUGAGGUACUGCCAGCAAUAUACAUUAAUUCUGGAUGGCAGUGAACUGGUUAUGAUUUAAAUACUUGGAGAAUAGGAACUAUGAUCAUCUCCUUGAAUAAUGACUGUAAAGUACCAUGCAGUGAAACCAAACCCCUGUGUCAACGCAAUGAAACAUUGUUUCAUUUUGUUUUAAAUGUAUAUGCCAUAAAAGAUUUUUGUUAAUAUGUAUUAAAAUAGACAUGUUUGUAAAUAUACUGCUAUGAUGGUGUAAAAGAACUUGUACAAAAAUUAUGAAAUGUAUGUAUACUGGAAGAGUUUAAAGAUUCUUAGCUACUGCCUGUACAUAGCUUCAGAUUUUCAGCUUGGUCCUUGCAGUUAUUUCUGAUCAAAUGUUUUUGUAUCUAAGCUAUAAAAACUAUUAAUAAUG